AUGGCAACCAACAUCACCUGGCACCCGGGCCUGACGCGCCACGAGCGCUUCGCCGCCCGCAAGCAGCGCGGCCUGACCAUCUGGCUGACGGGCCUCUCGGCCUCGGGCAAGUCGACCGUCGCCACCGCGCUCGAGCAGCACCUCCUGCACCUGGGCCUCGCGGCCUACCGCCUCGACGGCGACAACGUGCGCUUCGGCCUCUGCCGCGACCUGGGCUUCUCCGAGGCCGACCGCAACGAGAACAUCCGCCGCGUCGCCGAGGUCGCCAAGCUGUUCGCCGACUCGGCCGCCGUCGCCAUCACGAGCUUCAUCUCGCCCUACCGCCAGGACCGCAAGGUCGCGCGCGAGCUGCACGCCUCUGCGACGCAGGGCGGCGGCGACGACGACCCCAUCCCCUUCGUCGAGGUCUACGUCGACGUGCCCAUCGAGGUCGCCGAGCAGAGGGACCCCAAGGGCCUGUACAAGAAGGCCCGCGCCGGCGAGAUCAAGGAGUUCACCGGCAUCUCGGCCCCCUACGAGGCCCCCGAGAGCCCCGAGAUCACCAUCAAGACGCACGAGUCGAGCGUCGAGGAGUGCGUCGCGCAGAUCGUCAAGUAUCUGCAGGACAAGAACCUCCUGACUGUGUCGCAAUAG